AUGAGCGUCAAGAUGAGCGAAAAAAUGAGUGUAAAAUCUAAUUAUACGAUUAUAUAAAAAACGGCACAGCAAAGUGCAAACUUUGCGAAAAAGUGAUCAAAACAAGCGGGAAUACCAGCAACCUGUCUUCGCACUUAAAAAACAAACAUGGUGAAAUUUUCGCAAAAUGCGCGCAAAAGAAGGAUUGUAUGUUAUAUAAGAGUGAUUUAAGGCAAGAGAAAUUAAUGAGGCAAUUGUCUUUAUGAUUUGCAAAGACAACAUGCCAGUGCGCUGCGUUGAAAAAGAAGGCCUCAGAGGACUUCUUAAGAAAUGUGUUCCGCAUUAUAAAAUGCCUUGCAGAUCCAAGACAACAACAAUGAUUGAGGAGAAAUACAGACUCUGCGUGGGAACAAUUAAUAAGAUGUUGAGUAAAGUGGAGAACGUGGCGUUCACCUGCGACGCUGUUACCAUACCUAACUCGAGUCGCUCCUUUCUAACAAUCACAGCUCAUUUUAUGUAUCAAAAGUCACUGAACUCUAUAUGCCUUAAAUCUACAAGAAUGGAUAAGAGAUCUGAUUACGAAAGAACAGAGGAUUGCGACGACUUUAUGAGCUCUCAUAACAACUCCAUCGCAAAAGACUUGCAUAAAGAAUCGGAAAACAAGGAGUUAAAACUGUAUUUUAGCUUGCCCAAAGCUGCAUGGGAAAGCAAUCCUGUUGAAGUGUGGAAAUCCCAUAAAGCGACUAUGCCGGGCCUCUACAAGGUGGCCAUGAAGUAUUUAGUUACCCCAGGUAGUUCGGUGCCUUCAGAGCGGCUGGCGUCCGCCAUCAAAUGUGUGGUGUGCGACUCCAGGAGUAGAAUGACAGACGACCACAUAACACAAAGGGUGUUUUUAAAAUCUCUAAACAGUGCAUAUUGGACAUAA